UCCUGGUGAUGCGGCGACAUUUUACGUAAAGUGUGCGUCAAAAUUUAUUGUUAAUGGUUGUGUUCGAGUAAUCGCACUACACGAAUACUUGAGCAAUGGCAGCCACUACACAUGAAGAAAUCGAGGCACAAAUCAAGGACCUUCAGGCCAAAAAGUCCGGGUUAAAUGAGACCGUUUUAAAGGAGGAUCAACGAGUAGGGUUCGGCGCUACCGGCUUCUACGACCAGGAUCUCUACAGCGGCACCGACAGAAAGUUUGAAGGCUACGUCACCUCGAUCGCGGCGACAGACGAACAGGAUGACGACGACGACUACGGAGCGGGUGCGGCGGGCAAAAAGGCGUCGUACAGCGCCCCCGUGGCGCUGCUCAACGACGUCCCGCAGGCGCAGAAGGACUACGACCCGUUUGCGGAGCACCGGGUGCCGCGCAUCACCGACCGCGAGGAUGAGUACCGCAAGCGGCGCCUGCAGAUGAUCAUCUCGCCCGAGCGGCACGACGACUUUGCCGAGGGCGGCAAGACGCCGGACGUGCUCGGCCGCACGUACGCUGCCGUCAUGCAAGAGCAGUUUCUCACCAAGGAGCAGCAGGAGCUGCGCAAGAAGAUCGUCGAGAAGGCGAAGGCCGGCGACCUUCACGUCGUCAAGAAGGUAGACGAGCCGCCCGUCGAGCAGAAGCUUCCCGAACGGAAGCGCCGACGUUGGGACCAGGCGGCCGGCGACGCCGAGGACACGCCCGCGAAGAAGAAGACGAGCAGCUGGGACCAGGCGGAGGCGCCGACGCCGUCGAACGCACGCUGGGACGAGACGCCGGGCCGCAUACCGAAGGGGUCGGAGACGCCGGGCGCGACGCCGGGCACGACGCGCAUGUGGGAGGCGACGCCCGGCCACGCGACGCCCGGCGCGACGACCCCGGGUCACGCGACCCCCGGCCAUGAGGCGUCGAUGACGCCGAGCGCGAGGCGCAACCGCUGGGACGAGACGCCGCGCACGGAGCGAGACACCCCCGGCCGCGGCGGCAGCGGCUGGGCGGAGACGCCGCGCACCGACAGAGGCACCGACCGCAUCGAAGACACGCCCGGCGGCACACCCGCCGGCAAAAGAAGAUCGAGGUGGGACGAGACGCCCGCCGGCGCCACCCCGGGCAGCAUGACGCCGUCCGGCAUGAGCACUCCGGGCAUGACGACCCCCGGGGGGAUGACUCCACAGGGCAUGACCCCGCAGAGCAUGACGCCCGGCAUGACUCCUGGCGGGAUGACACCGAGCGGCGUGACGCCGACAGGCAGGAAGGCGAUGGGCAUGGCGACACCGACUCCGGGCCACCUCAUGUCGAUGACCCCCGAGCAGCUGCAGGCGUAUCGCUGGGAGCGCGAGAUCGACGAGCGAAACCGGCCGCUGUCGGACGACGAGCUCGACGCCCUGUUCCCGCCCAGCUACAAGGUGCUGCAGCCGCCGGCCAACUACAUUCCGAUCCGCACGCCGGCGCGCAAGCUGACAGCGACGCCGACGCCGCUCGCCGGUCUCGGUGGCUUCCAGAUGCCCGUCGAGGACCGGUCGGUGAAGUUCAUGGACAACCAGCCGAAGGGCAACCUGCCGUUCCUGAAGCCGGAGGACGCGCAGUACUUUGACAAGCUGCUGGUCGACGUCGACGAGGAGAGUCUGUCGCCGGAGGAGCAGAAGGAGCGCAAGAUCAUGAAGCUGCUGCUGAAGAUCAAGAACGGCACGCCGCCAAUGCGCAAGGCCGCGCUGCGCCAGAUCACCGACAAGGCGCGCGAGAUGGGCGCCGGGCCGCUCUUCAACCAGAUCUUGCCGCUGCUGAUGUCACCGACGCUCGAGGACCAGGAGCGCCACCUGCUGGUGAAGGUGAUUGACCGCAUCCUGUACAAACUCGACGACCUCGUGCGGCCGUACGUGCACAAGAUCCUCGUCGUCAUCGAGCCGCUGCUCAUCGACGAGGACUACUACGCGCGUGUCGAGGGCCGCGAGAUCAUCUCGAACCUCGCGAAGGCCGCGGGCCUCGCGACGAUGAUCUCGACGAUGCGGCCCGACAUCGACAACAUCGACGAGUACGUGCGCAACACGACGGCGCGCGCGUUCGCUGUCGUCGCGUCGGCGCUCGGCAUCCCCUCGCUGCUGCCCUUCCUCAAGGCCGUCUGCCGCAGCAAGAAGUCGUGGCAGGCGCGGCACACGGGCAUCAAGAUCGUGCAGCAGAUCGCGAUCCUCAUGGGCUGCGCGAUCCUGCCGCACCUGCGCAACCUCGUCGAGAUCAUCGAGCACGGUCUCGUCGACGAGCAGCAGAAGGUGCGCACGAUCACGGCGCUGGCGCUCGCCGCGCUCGCCGAGGCAGCGACUCCGUACGGCAUCGAGUCGUUCGACAGCGUGCUGAAGCCGCUCUGGAAGGGCAUCCGCAUGCACCGCGGCAAGGGCCUCGCCGCCUUCCUCAAGGCGAUCGGCUACCUGAUCCCGCUGAUGGACGCCGAGUACGCCAACUACUACACGCGUGAGGUGAUGCUGAUCCUCAUCCGCGAGUUCCAGUCGCCCGACGAGGAGAUGAAGAAGAUCGUGCUGAAGGUCGUGAAGCAGUGCUGUGCGACGGAUGGCGUCGAGCCGCAGUACAUCCGCGACGAGAUCCUGCCGCACUUCUUCAAGCACUUCUGGAACCACCGGAUGGCGCUCGACCGCCGCAACUACCGGCAGCUCGUCGACACGACGGUCGAGAUCGCGAACAAGGUCGGCGCCGCCGAGAUCAUCGGCCGCAUCGUCGACGACCUGAAGGACGAGAACGAGCAGUACCGCAAGAUGGUGAUGGAGACGAUCGAGAAGAUCAUGGCCAACCUCGGCUCGAGUGACGUCGACUCGCGGCUCGAGGAGCAGCUCAUCGACGGCAUCCUGUACGCGUUCCAGGAGCAGACGACCGAGGACGUCGUCAUGCUGAACGGCUUCGGCACGAUCGUCAACACGCUCGGCAAGCGCGUGAAGCCCUACCUGCCGCAGAUCUGCGGCACGAUCCUCUGGCGGCUGAACAACAAGUCGGCGAAGGUGCGACAGCAGGCGGCCGACCUCAUUUCGCGCAUCGCCGUCGUCAUGAAGACGUGCCAGGAGGAGAAGCUGAUGGGGCAUCUCGGCGUCGUGCUGUACGAGUACCUUGGUGAGGAGUACCCGGAGGUGCUCGGCAGCAUCCUCGGCGCGCUCAAGGCCAUCGUCAACGUGAUCGGCAUGACGAAGAUGACGCCGCCGAUCAAGGACCUGCUGCCGCGGCUGACGCCGAUCCUCAAGAACCGGCACGAGAAGGUGCAGGAGAACUGCAUCGACCUCGUUGGCCGCAUCGCCGACCGCGGCGCCGAGUUUGUGUCGGCGCGCGAGUGGAUGCGCAUCUGCUUUGAGCUGCUCGAGCUGCUGAAGGCGCACAAGAAGGCGAUCCGGCGCGCGACCGUGAACACGUUCGGCUACAUCGCGAAGGCGAUCGGGCCGCACGACGUGCUCGCGACGCUGCUCAACAACCUGAAGGUGCAGGAGCGGCAGAACCGCGUGUGCACGACGGUGGCGAUCGCGAUCGUCGCCGAGACGUGCUCGCCGUUUACCGUGCUGCCGGGCCUGAUGAACGAGUACCGCGUGCCCGAGCUGAACGUGCAGAACGGCGUCCUGAAGUCGCUGUCGUUCCUCUUCGAGUACAUCGGCGAGAUGGGCAAGGACUACAUCUACGCGGUGACGCCGCUGCUCGAGGACGCGCUCAUGGACCGCGACCUCGUGCACCGGCAGACGGCGUGCGCCGCCAUCAAGCACAUGUCGCUCGGCGUGUACGGCUUUGGCUGCGAGGACGCGCUCGUGCACCUGCUCAACUACGUGUGGCCGAACAUCUUCGAGACGUCGCCGCACGUCAUCCAGGCAGUGAUGGACGCGUGCGAGGGCCUGCGCGUCUCGCUCGGAUGCAGCAAGAUGCUGCAGUACGUGCUGCAGGGGUUGUUCCACCCGGCUCGAAAGGUACGAGAUGUCUACUGGAAGAUUUACAACACGCUGUACAUAGGCGCACAAGACGCGAUGGUCGCAGCAUACCCGAGGAUUCUGAAUGAUGAGAAGAACACGUAUAUGCGCACUGAGUUAGACUACGUAUUAUGAUCCUGGUUCACGGCAGGUGUCAAGUCCAUUUUGUAUUUCGAUUUCUUUCUGUAUUUGAGACAAGUCCGGUUGACUCCAUCUAUGUGAGGUUCACAUACAUCCAUGCGGUGUCCUUUUAUUUUGAAACUUCCUAAAGAAGUGAGUACAUGCAGCUGGUAAUGUGAACGGAAAGAGUGACCAGCUGUCUUUCUUGUAUAGUGAGUGAAUGCUAUAAUCACAUGUAUGAUCUAUGGUGUAGAGUUAGUAAUAAUAUUUUUCUGUAUCGUAUUGGCCACAAAUGCUUAGCAAAACUUCUGUUUUUGAUUUUUGUGUAAAGUGUGUGAACAUUUUCAUUCUACUAGUGUUUGGCUGUAAAAAUAUAUUACGUUUCCUUAAGUGUAUUCAACCUGUAGCUGGAUCUGUAUCUGUAUACAAUGAUGUGUUUACCUUUUUACAGUCAUUAUUUGUUCACAUUAUAUCUGGCUGUAUUAUAUGCGCAUUAUUAUGCAGUGGUACCCGCUUUAUCAGGACAAGCUUCAAACCAUGGAAAUUUCCGGAUUAAGCAAUGAUCGUGAUUAACUGGUGAAGACAUUUCCAGUCAGACAUGCAUGUCUACUUGUAUUGUACCUUAUGCAAUCUUUUACAUACAACAUGCACACACUGUACAAUAUACAUAAGUUUAGCUCUAAGAUGUUAUGUGAGCUUAUUAUAUUCAGAUUAUGCUAAAAACUCGACAAUUGUCUAUUUGUUUUUGAGUUUAGAAUCGUUUUAAAACAUUUACUGAAGAAAGAAGGAAGUUCCUCCUGAAAAUAUUCUAUUUAACCGAGGUUCUGUGUCUGUUAUCUGAUUAAAAUAACGUACGUCAGGACUGUUUUUUAGAGACCUUUGUUGUUUAAACGACAUGCCCGUGUAUCCGAGCGCCAAUAAAGCGGAGACCACUGUAACUGUAAGUUUGCUGUCACAAGCAUUUACACUGAUCGUUGGUCAAUUUAGUGGAAAUGAGCAAGCCUGCAAUUACAAAUCACCGAAAGACGUUGCCUUUUCCAAGGCUUCUAUCGAACUGGCUUGUGGUUGUAUAGUUAGAGAAUAUAGAAACAUGCAUUGUAGGCUGUUGUACCAUAAAUAAUAGUGGACAAUGUGGUGUGCCGAUAACGAAUUUGCAAAAUAGCCUAGGAACUAUAAGUUUAUCAUAAAUCUUUAAUAAGGUUUGCCUUCUAUAGAUGGGUUGACACAUUUACUUCAGUAUAAUGAGUCGAAAAGUGUGUUAAGGGCUGCAGUUUACUUUUAACAUGCAUCUACUUCACGUGACUCUGGCGUUGUCAUUUCGUAUUCUUAUGAAAAUCCUUUAAUCUGGUAUGACGUGGAUAUAUUCAGCAUUUCUUUAUACUAUAUUAUAUCUCAUGUUAUUGCCAUAUUCAUACAUUAACUACUACAGCUGCUGCUGCUGUUGCUGGUGGUAUGUCUACUCAAUAAUUAGUUCAUAUUGGUGUGUCGAUAGCGUUUCUAGUUGAUAUCGAGUAAUUCACACGUUGUCCUUUCAUUUCGUUGGUAAAUCUAGUAUAACUCAUUAUUAUCAAUAAAAUUCCUGUCCUGUUUUGAUAUCAAAUAUUCUUCUAGAAUACAGGCACAGUUUCUGGAGCGACGGCCAUCGCGGUGGUAAUUGAUCAGUAUGCCUGCGUGGGAAUAUACUCUGUGUUUGUGAUAAGCAAAAUGUACAGUGUACGUAAGCACGAUGGGGGGGGGGGCGUGAAAUUAUAUCCAUUAUAUUAUUUUAACCGCCACUACAGAUAUAUGCUAUCACAUUCGUGCGAUCCUCGGAUUCUGUAAAACUACAGGUAAAUGUUAGUAACUAUACGCGCAGGAAAGACUUCAGAUGGUUUUACAUGUUGAAUCUAUGAUCGAAAAUAUUGAUCUAUAACGGAUCAUUUGAUUUGUAGUGCAUGUAUUAAAUAAAAAUUGGUAACGAUU